AUGUACCUCUCCAAGCUUCAAGACCUCGUGCCGUUCAUGCCGAAGAACAGGCGGAUCUCGAAGCUGGAGGUGAUACAGCACGUGAUCGACUAUAUAUGCGACCUGCAGUCAGCGCUGGAGAACCACCCAGCGGUGGGGCAAUUCGAGGCGGAGGCCGCGCUGGCGCCAUGCUCACCGCCCUCGCCGAAGACCAGGCGCCGUCCGCUCGGUGUCCGCGCAGCGCCAAACACCAUCCUGCGCUCUCGUCCCACACAACACCACUCGACUCACACGACCCCCGAAAAGCAAGACCAACCGGACAGGCCGAUGUCGUGC